CUUUAGACCCUCAAACUUUUGCAACUAUAACCGCCUAGAUCAACGUGUUCCAAGAUCAAACGGUAAGACGAUAAGCCACGUGGCAGUAUCUCAAGAGACUAGCUGCAACUGACGCACGAUUCUCUCGCUUAUAUAAAAGGAGAGGAGGAGAGCAAAAUGCAAUUCGCAUUGCUCUGUGACUGUUUUUGCUGUGUACAAUUCACUCUCGUCUUUUCAAUUUUCCUCCUCUGUUUGUAUCAAUGGCGGCGGCAAUUCGAUACUUUGAGUUGAACACUGGUGCUAAGAUGCCGUCAGUGGGUUUGGGAACGUGGCAGUCCGAUCCUGGCGUUGUCGGCCAAGCCGUUGAGUUUGCUAUCAAGGUGGGCUACCGGCAUAUUGAUUGUGCUCGAAUUUAUAAAAAUGAAAAGGAGAUUGGUGAAAUUUUGAAGAGGCUGUUUAAAGAUGGUGUUAUCAAGAGGGAAGAGCUCUUCGUUACAUCCAAACUCUGGAACACUGAUCAUUCACCUGAAGAUGUACCAGUGGCACUAAACAAAACUCUAGAAGACUUGCAGCUGGACUACGUUGAUCUGUACCUCAUACAUUGGCCUGUCAGUAUGAAGCCUGGUUCGACUGACUUUAAACCUGAAAACCUUAUGCCAACAAACAUACCUAGCACAUGGCAAGCAAUGGAAAAGCUUUAUGAUUCUGGGAAGGCUAGAGCUAUUGGUGUUAGCAAUUUCUCUACUAAGAAACUGGGAGAUCUUUUGCAAGUAGCUCGUGUUCCUCCUGCUGUCAACCAGGUGGAGUGCCAUCCUUCAUGGCAACAAGCCAAAUUGCAGGAGUUCUGUAAAUCCAAGGGAGUGCACCUCUCUGCCUAUUCGCCGCUUGGUUCUCCAGGUACUACAUGGCUUAAAAGUGAUGUACUAAAGCAGCCAGCUGUAAUCUCAGUUGCUGAGAAAUUGGGCAAGACUCCUGCUCAGGUUUGUCUUCGUUGGGGCAUUCAGAUAGGUCAGAGUGUACUUCCUAAGAGCACACAUGAAGCACGGAUCAAAGAGAAUCUUGAUGUAUUGGACUGGUCUAUACCUGAUGACUUGUUUGCCAAGUUCUCUGAAAUUCCACAGGCAAGGCUGCUGAGAGGCACUUCCUUUGCUCACGAGACGUAUGGUCCGUACAGAACGCUUGAAGAGCUAUGGGAUGGUGAGCUCUAAGGUCUCGGUCAGACUUAAUUGUUGAAGAUAGGCAACACUUGAAAAAAAAGAUAGGCAAAUCUCAAUCCAUUUAUCUCAUAGAUAUAGGCUUCUUGUGCACUUCCUUUUCCUUCCAACUUUGGGAGAUCGGCCAAUGCCAACCCGUUUAUCUCAUAGAUGUAUGCUUCUUGCAUCUGUCCCUCUAUUGCCUGGGUGUGCUGGAAACCAUUCAAGAAUCUUGCAGAUUUUACGAAAUAUUAGUCAAACGUUUGAUUUGCUGGGGUAUCCCAAUAAUUUGUUGUCAUCUUUUAAUAUAUAGUUUAAUGAUUUGCUUUAUCGCACUUUAUAUCCCUUUCCUUCUGUUUGGUGGAAGAAGUAAGAACUGAAAUUUGUGCAUCA